AGGACUAGUCUGCGAAAGUUACAGGUGGUGAGGGGUCAAAAAUCGUUAAUUUUAGGGGUAAUUUUAUUGCGAAUUAACUGGUACUGUAUUACUUCACGGUCGACCCGAGCUUGGUCAUUCACUAAACAAUGAUUUUGUCUCUAGUACAGAGUCUACGCCGGCACAAGUACUUCUAWCGGAUUUUUUUGGGUACGUACCGUACGGGACGGUAGAGCAGUACCGUACGGCAGGUUAAGCUCGCAUGUUGUGACGAGGUUUUUAGCUUGAAGCUUCUCGGGAAGCUUUGGUUUCGCCGCUUCGGAAUUGCUGUCCCUCGUCMCUCCUUCUAGACCUACAUCCAAACCUCAACAACAACCCGACCACCCCACCCACGGCAGGACUCACAUCUUUCAUGGCGGGCCAAACCGUCGUGUCCCGCAACAAAAAGCCCGCGGCGGCGCCCGUGGACGCCUGCCGGGGGGACUCUUCCUGCGGGMCCCUUCCGCCGGCGGYGGCCGUUCCGGUGUCCCCCGUGRCGAACCCCUUCCGGGGGAGGACCGGAACGGCCCGGUCGUCCCGUCUCGCGGGGGUCCUCCUCGCGGCKGCGCUCCUCGUCUGCGGCUCCUCCCGGGGUUUUUUCGUUCCCGGCCCGGCGGGGGACGCCCCUGCGCCGCGGGGGCAGCAGCAACCACAGCAGCAGCUCCGUYUCCGCCCGGCGUACCUGACGGACGACGGUGCCAAGGACGAGGACGCCGACGACCCCAACGCGGAAGAGACCGAGGAACCCACCGAGGAAAAACAGACUUUCGCGAACGAGRAACAGGAGGAAGAAGACGGGGAACCGAAACACGAUGACCCCGAGGACGAACCGGAAGACGACGGUGGCAACGAAGCGAACGAAGAGGGAGGGAAGGAAGAACCAAAGGUACGUCUUCGUUCUCCUUCUGGGAACCGGCAAGAACCGCAAACUCCGCAACACGGCGGGCGACCAAACCAAAAAAUCCCAAAGAUUUUGAUCUUUACGCACCACAAAAACUUGUUGGAGCUCCUGCCGAAAUCGAACGAGCUGCUCGGAACCGAUCCCGACCACCACGACUCCAAUCCCGACGACGCCGAUUCUCAUCACGCUGCUGCUGUUGUCAAUCAUGCUGCUAACGCCGAUGCCAUUUCCGAUGCCGAUGUCGAUGCCCACCCUCCCGCCCGUUUCACACCAGACGAACUAGAGGAACUCACGCUCGCCGUCAACGUGAAGCAUUCCAUCGAUGUCCACAACCGCUCCUCUGCCGGGGACGAAAGCGGACCGCCGAAGGUCCUCUUCUGGACGGACGAAGACUGCCUCCGGUCCCUGCAGAAGACGCGGCCGGCCCUGGUCCCCUACUUUCGGGCCGAAACCGAGGGCAUGUACAAGGCCGAYGUUUGCCGCGGGACCGCCCUGCUGGAGCACGGCGGGUUCUACCUGGACGCCGACCUGGGGGUCCGGGACGACCUGUGGAGGGACCUGCGGCCGGAAACCGAGUUUGUGACCGCAAGGGUGCACAAGGCGUCGAACUGGGUCGGGAGGGGCUUUUUCCAGGCGAUCCUGGGAUCGUCUCCCAACAGCCCGGUGCUCUCGCGCUACCUGGAGCUCUUCGAGAAGCACUACGACGGCCGGGAGAAGGUCGAGAAGGGCCCCCUGGGCGUCCUGCUGCUCAAAACGGCCUGGGACCAGGUCCGCGACGAGCGCGGAGAAACMACGGUCCCCACGGAGCUCUACCAAGAGCUGCUCUACCACGAGGCGGGCCCGCUCAACACCGGGCCGAACAGGGGGGCCCUGUCCCCGGCGCCGACCUGGGGGAAGCGACGGGCCUGCCACUUUGUCGUGGCCGGGAUGGCGAACGACCCCUCCCUCGCCGACGUCGUUCUGGAGGCCGCCGAGGGCGGUGGAAGCAGCGCGCCGCGGGGGAUCGGCCUGCGGAUCCCCGCCCUGAGCCGGAUCCCGGGGAGCCGCAUGUGCGCGGAGCCUUCGAGGGAGGGGGAUUCGACCCUGCGGGCGAUCGGGGCCAUGCGGUGGUGGGAACGGGCCUGAGCGGGGUCGGAACGGCCCGGCCCCGCCCCGAGCGGUGGCGUCUCCUUCGACGGGCACGGUGCGGAGGCCGAGAACGAACGAACGAGCGACGGUACCACGAAGUUAGCAUUCUAGCASUUUU